UUAUCACGUAAAUUAAUUAUUUCUAAGAUUGAUUCGUCUACGUUGCAUCAACAACAACAAUAAUUUGCUGAUCAUGUUAAAAACGAAGUGAAAUAUGAAAACACUGUACACGCGCGAGAUACGCAUCGGUUGCAGACCGCAAAAUAUAUUUUCCAUUCCGGGGUCAUCUAAUGUUACGUGAUGCAACUUCUGCUGGGGGUCCGAUUUAGCAAUAACAAUAAUUGUUACGUCGUUAUCACGAGUCGUCCGACUCUCGUUUAUUUUUACUCUUGUUUCUACACUCGACAGAUAAACCAAGCGCACGCAAUUGUUUGCUCGCGCCCCGUUGAGUUUCCACUUCCUUUCUAUUCGUCCUACAAUUGCAAUAUGCAUCGUAUUUGUACAAUUUAUACCCCCAGCGAGGCUGGUAUCUUAUCUACAUGGAAAAUAACGUUUCCAUGCAAUAACAUUCGUUAGAUAACAUCUGCAUUUCGAACACUCGCGCGUCUAAAUCGUUUUUAUCUAGAAGCUUAAUUUGUUGUUACUUUUUAAUGCAUUUGAAAAAAGAUCAUUGGCCGUUCGAUAAAGCUCGUGCAGCUGCCGGAGGGAAGUCGAUCGUCCGGAGUUAACCGGUUACCCGGCUGUGAACUCGGGACCUCUUUCCGAUAUCGAGAAUACAAAAAAAUUUAGAUAAUGCUCACAUGAUAGAACGGAGAAAAGGAAAGAGCGGAAGCAAAAUAAAGAUUGGUUGCCAACGAGUACAGUGGCAGAUGAAACAAACGCCGAACGCUUCUGUGCUUAUCUGAGGAUGGUUCGACGAUGAAUUUAUUUCCUCCGUGUUCCCGGAAUGAGGAAAAUGCGUGUUGACAAUGACAGUCGAUGCUGGAAUCAUUAUUGUGUACGUGCGUAAAGCCUGUUUAAGCCGAUUCGAACCGAUCGACGAUCUUUACGUGAUCCAUAAUCUGUUUUUAACUUAUCUCACCAAAAGUAAAUGACCAACACCGUGGAAAUACCAAAAUUGAGCUGUUGACCUUAUUAUUGGAUUUAUUUCUCUCGCUUAUCUCGAUAUCGGAUCAUGUAUCACGAGAUUAACUUGUACAAUUAAUUGCUGGACAUGAUGCUAGUUAGAACAGCUUGUGAGCUUAUUAAUCGGCACGUACGAACGAGUGGGGAUCAAAUUUCCGAUAAAUGUCGUUGAAGGUUCAGCGAUGAUUUGUUGUAUCAGCACUGCUCAGUGUUUCGCGGCUCUCCUUUCUUUCCCUGUAAUUUAAAAACGUUCAGAGUCCGCCAAGCCGAUGGACUGUAUCAGAGCCUUAUGUAAAGAUUGAACGUAUUAGGAAAUCGAGUUGGUGUUUUGUACCGUAACGAUUGAUAGUAUGUUAGAUAAAGUGAGAAGCUCGUUUCAUGGGACAAUGUCUCGAUGCGACAAAGACUGUUGCUACUCGUACACAAAACGGAGGCUGCCUAUUUUAUCGUGGGUGCGAGAUUACAAGCUCGCGUGGCUAGCUAGAGACACGAUCGCCGGUUUCACGGUUGGCUUCACGGCAAUUCCUCAAGGAAUCGCUUACGGUGUCGUUGCCGAACUAGGUCCCGAGUAUGGAUUGUACGCGGCUUUCAUGGCGUCGUUCGUGUACAUCAUCUUCGGGUCUUGCAAGAGCAUCACCAUCGGACCCACGGCUAUCAUGGCAACCAUGGUUCGACCGUUGGUACUCGAAUACGGUGCCGAUAUCGUUAUACUACUCACGUUCCUCAAGGGCUGCAUGAUCGCGAUUCUCGGGAUCCUUCAAUUAGGAUUUCUAUUGGAUUUCAUCUCGUUACCCGUGAUCACGGGGUUUACCGCGGCCGCGGCUAUCAAUAUAGCCGCCUCGCAGUUCAAGUCGCUACUAGGUAUCCCCGGUAGGAGCGAAGAUCUGUUGGAUGCGUUGAUCACCGUGUUCUCGCAUCUCGAUCAAGUCCGAUAUCAAGACACAGUAUUGGGUCUCGUCACAAUAAUUGUUCUGGUGUUGCUCAAGAAUUUGCCUGGGCGUAGAACCGGCUCGCGGUUGCAACAGGUCCUUUGGUUCGUCACUCUGGCGCGUAACGCGUUGGUAGUAGUCAUAGGGAUAAUCGUGGCGUACAUAUUUUACGUGAACAACCAGGAACCCUUCAAGUUAACCGGAACGAUCGGCAGCGGGUUGCCACCCUUUGGACCACCAGCCUUCUCGAUUACCGCCGGUAAUCGUACUUACGAUUUUCUGGAGACGGCUAACGCGAUGGGAACUACGCUCUUCUCCGUCCCGGCUAUAUCCACGAUAGAGCACAUGGCGAUUGCCAAAGCGUUUGCAAUGGGAAAAUCAUUGGACACCACGCAGGAAAUGUUUGCACUGGGUGUGUGCAACAUGUUAGGCUCGUUCGUUAGGUCGAUGCCAGUCACUGGUUCUUUCACUCGAACGGCUGUCAAUAACUCGUCCGGAGUGAAAACUACGUUCGGAGGCUUGUUCACUGGUUGUAUCGUAUUACUCGCGGCUAGCUUGCUGACUUCCACGUUUCGUUUUAUCCCUAAAGCCACUCUGGCUGGCCUCAUCAUAUGCGCCAUGUAUUACAUGCUCGAUUUUAAGACAUACGCUACACUGUGGCGUGCGAGGAAAAUCGACUUCUUCCUGAUGUCGAUCACCUUCUUGUUCUGCGUGUUUUACAAAUUGGAAUAUGGAAUCGUGAUCGGAGUAGCGUUGAAUCUGCUGGUACUGCUGUAUUUCUCGGCAAGGCCGGCCGUGAAGACCGAGAUGGAACAGAUACAGGAUAGAAACGUGAUUCGCGUUACACCCGAGGAAACUGUCGCGUUCCCAGCGGCAGAACAUUUUCGAGCAAAGAUAAUGCAGCUCGUGGAAGAGAAUUCGCGCGACGUCGUACUCGACUGUGCGAAUUUAAAGAGAAUCGACGUCACAGUCGCGAAGAAUCUUAAGCUGUUGUCCAAUGAUUUGGAACUUCGCGGACAAAGCGUUAUCUGUAUAAAUUGUCAGAGCAACGUCGAGACUGUGCUAAAGACGAUGGCACCAGGACUUUGCCCCGUCGCAGGAAUAAACGAUACACCCGAUUUAUCGGACAUCCGCACAUAGCGUUUAAUCAAUCGCGUUCGCAACAUACAGAACAUUGUGAAUUUCGACGAUUAAAUAAUAAAGUUCGACGCUAAGCGGCGAUUUUUAGAUC